CUUCUAUAUAAGAGAUGUGAGUGAAGGCUCUGUCAUGUAAGAGGAUCGAGUUUUAAGGAAGCAGAGGUGUCUGGGUGGAUACUGUGAAGCUGAAGAAGAGAAGAGGAAGAUGAAUUUUGAAGACCAAGUGGCAACGCUGAAGCUUGAAAAACAGCGUCUCUUGAAAGAGUUGGCUGAAUGCAAAGCGGAUAAAGAAUUUGUGUGGUUACUAUGGAAGCAACUGCAAUCGAGAUCGCCAGAUGUUACGUCUGCAAUUGGAAUGGUUGUUACAAGGGAGAAGGAGAAAAGUGAAAAGAAGAACAAGAAGGUUCUUGAAAUUUUACAAACGAAAGAUGCCAGAAUCAAUCAACUUGAAACAAGUUUGCUAGAAACAACAGAGAAGCUAAGAGAUGUUCAAGAAGAACUGCAGACGUUUCAUGCAGAUCACCAAGUGGAACUCGUACACUUUAAGUCAGAAAUUCAUUCUUAUACUACACAGAUGAAAGAAACAAAAGAAACUAUCAAGAAACUUGAGGAUGAAUUAUCACAUCAGAGGAAUGAGUAUGCUGACAAAUUUCAGAGCAAGGAACAUGAGAUAGAGACACUUAGAGAAAAUGAAACAGAACUUACUGCUCAGUUAACGAAAGCAAACGAAGAAUGCCGGUCAUUGUCUUUACUUUUGGAAAAGGAAAGAACUUCAAUUUCACAAGAACUGCAGUCCGUAAAUCAAUGUCGAUCAGAUCUUCAAGAUAAAUGUCAUCAAUUGGAGGACGAAAACAGACAACUACAACAACAAUGCCAACAGUCAAGUGAGAAGAUGAAAGGCCUGACUGAAACUGUGAAGACUCUACGACUCGAAGACAAACAGAAAAGCAGUCAAGUGUGUACACUGCAGUCACUAGUCGCAGACGCAGAGAAAACAUCUAAUGAAAACAGAAUUGCACUUGAAGUUGAGAAGGAGUUGCACCAGAAGUCGUUGCAGAAAUUGGAUAAAACAGUCAAAGAGACUCAAGUCGCUUACGAGGAGCUUCAACAGAUACUAUUAGAAACUCAAAAGCGACAUGCCAAGGAGUUGGCAGAAAAAUCAUUCGAAAAUGCAGAAUUGAAAUCUCAGUUGAUUGAUAGGCAUGGUGUUACUAGAGAGACACAGACGAGUGGAUAUCAGUUGAAGGACUCAACCACGUCACCUCUUAAGUUAUCACAUCUUGUAACUCAAUCAAGCAAAUCAUCAAUCAACACUACAACCGAUUUCCAUCUGGAAAAGUCCAUGACAGAAAUGCAACUUGAACUAGAAAACACAAAAGAAACAUUAAGAGUAAAGACACAUGAACUGAGAGAACUGAAGAGUGCGCAUGUGAAUCGUCUACGGAGAAUGCAAGACCUACAAAUGAACUACAAACUUGUGUUAGAACAGUUAAAGACAUAUGAUGAAGAAGCGGCUGCUCAGAGUGCACAAUGCUUGAACCCGAAACCAAUACCAGUGCCACGAGCAUCAAUCAAGGAACUUCAACAAGAAGACAGUGACACUGUAUGGAACGAACUUCGUUACUAUAGAUCACAGAAUGAAAAUCUAAAAUCAGAAAGAGUGGCACUGGAAGAAGAGUGUGACGUGUUACAAGUUCAGGUAGCAGAACACCUCACUACUAUUCAUGAUUUAAGAAAUUGUUUAGAAGCUGAGAAAGACGAGCUUGUUGCAAAGUUGCAGUAUUUUGGGGCAAGCAAAGAUGUGGAUGCUUCAUUAAACUAUGAAAGAGAUUGUCGUCAGCUUGCUGAGAGAGAUGCAGAAGCUUUUCAAAAGUCCAUUCUUCAACUGGAAGAAGACAAACAAAGACUUCUUACGGCAAAGUGGCAACAGCACGAGGAAUGUUUCCAUUUACGAGAACAAGUUGCCAAGUUGAAAGCCCAGCUGCUACAUUCUCAGCUGGAUGCGUGUCACGUUGCUGUUCAAUGUUCUGUCAUUAAAUCCAACAAGAUGACAGUGACAGACGUAAGAGGUUUAGACAAGGCAGUUGUGUCUCUACAGCAUGUGGACACUCAGACAGACAAGGAAGUUCAAACUGACUCAUUUGUGCCUUUAUCAGAUGGCCAGCAUGAGCGCAUUGUGACCGAUAAUCAUGCAGAAAGCAACAAACUUUCCAAAUCAGUUGGAACUCUCACAUCCUCAAUUCAGUGGCAGGACAAACAGACUCAGACCGACACAACUGCUGGGCAUCCUGCCAGCCAGAGGAACAAGAGAAAACUACAUUUCCACUCCAAAUCAGCAGGCACUGUGUUUGCAUUCGGCUCACAUUAUGUCAGCCAAAGACAUGCAAAGAGCAGAGGCAGAACAAGAGGGCUGAAAUCUGAAGAUUGGCACAGAAUGCUACAGCAACGUAUUGCUAGUCUUACAAGACAGCUGUCUGUUGUACAGAAGGCUAAAGAAGAUGUUGUUGAUCAACUGAAUGAACAGCAACAGCAAUACCAACAGUUGGAGAAAGACCAUCAGUAUGGUGCUCAUCAUGUUUAUACGAUACAGGUGUUGCAAUCAGAACUGGAGGCUCAGAGAAACGAGAAAGCUCAAUUAGAGCAGCGACUGUCUGAAGCAUUGCUAGUUCGUGCCGAACAGAUGGCAACUGCUAGCGUAUCAAACUCAAGUCUCUCUCAUCGCAAUGAAAGCGAAUGGAAACAGUUGGAACACAGAGCCAAGUCAUCGUCUGAAGAAUGUGUGAGACAAGGACGGUUUAUCAAGUCGUUAAAGUCAGAGUUACAAACGCAGGAAGAGCAGACAAAGGGAUUACGAGAGAAGUGCGUACAUCUUGAACGAGAUGUCACUCGUAAGCAGGGUCUGAUCGAGGAAAUGAGAUCGCGACUGAAGAUAGCUCAAGAUGAUGUAGAAUCUUAUGCAAAGAAACUGAAAUCUGCAGAAGACCGUUGUGAAAAUGCGGAGGAUGCACACGAGCAACGAAAAUCACGACUCCAAGCAUUGAAAGGUCGAUUGUCUCAUGAAACGGAGGAACGUGAGAAACUCCAGAUCAGUUAUCACAACAUCCAAGCAGAGCUGGACAAAAAGGCUCAUGAAUGUCAACAGUUAAAAGGUCGAUUGCGUCGUUCCGAGACAAUUGUAGCUCAAAUGGUAGAAAAGAUGAAGAAAAGUGAACAGUUGAAGGAGGAGACGCAUAGAAAGGCACUUACUUCUGUUCAAAAGAAAUUAGUGCAUGCAGCUCAACAAGUCGAAGAAUACAAAGCAUUUGUGAAGGCGUUUACACAAGAACUUAUACAACAAGUUCGUGAGGCACGACAAUUGUCUAGAGCUUUAGAAGAGAAGACAACAACAAAACAGGCACCAGUGGAUGUUUCAGCAGUAGAGUCAUCACGUAGUUGGGCUCGUGCGAAACAAAUUUCGUGUUCAAUACUGAACAUUACUGAUGCCGAGUUUGCAGAGUUUAUGCAUUUGCCAGAACAGUCAGCUGCUAAUUCUGGCAGUGAUUUUCAUCAGGCUGAUGAUCAGACUCUCAGAGAGAAGGAAACUGCCUGGUGGAAGCAAGCUGUUAAACUAGCCAACAGUCAGCCUCCUUUUGCUGUCGCUUUGAUGGAACUUUUCCUGUCAAUCAUAGAUGUAAAACUUCAGUUUCUAACUUCAAACCCACAAAAAUUAUAAAUAACAUUUGUUAUAUUAUUAUCAGAAAUAAUGCCUUUAAUUAAUGCAUAUAAAAGUGUAUUUUGCAUACGGGAAUUACAACAAGAUUACACGUGAUUGA